AUGGGGAGGCGGAGGAUGCCAGAUCUGUACAGAGCCCCUUUUCCCUUGUACACAAUAAAGGUGGACCCUAAAACGGGGCUGGUGAUCACUGCAGGGGGAGGAGGGGCUUCCAAAACAGGCAUUAAGAAUGCAGUGCACUUUUUGGAUUUGCAGUUGGUUGGAGACCACCAGUACAGUGCCACCCUGCUUCAUUCUCACGACACUGACUUGCGUGCCACUAUGAACAUGGCUAUAGGUGACGGUGUCAUCGCAGCAGGGCAGGACGGCACCUGUUGCCUGAUGCGCUUUAAACAGUGCCAGAAAAAAGAGGGACACAGAGCUGCUGCCAAAGAUGUUGGUAACAGUGAGCAGCAGGGUAAUGCCAGACGGCGAGCGGGGAAAGGCAAUCGGGAACAAGACGGAGUUGCAGGCACCGGAGAUGUGAUGGCAAUGAAGGACGAGAGCGCCCAGAUCUCCGUGGUGGGCCUGAGUGAAGUAGAGUCGGACCUCAGCCCACAGGACCCGCUCCAGAAGGUUGUCAGGUUUAGUGCCGACUUGGGCCUUCUUCUAACAGGAGGCACAGACGGGCACAUCCGAGUAUGGGAGUUCCCAUCCCUGAAGAAGAAGUUUGACUUCAAAGCACAUGAAGGGGAGGUUGAAGACUUGGAUAUAAGUCCAGGCAAUAAGCACCUUGUGACCGUUGGUCGGGACUUUGUCUGCAGCGUUUGGAGUGGCAACCAGCUGGCUAUGAGUCUUCGCUGGCAGGACACCAUGCCUCAGAUUGCUGACAAGGCGUAUCGCUACAUGGCUUGCAGAUUUGGAAAGGUGGAGGACCAAAAAGACGCCCUGAGGCUUUAUACUGUCCAGAUCCCACAUAAACGAGACCGCAAACCACCUCCGUGCUACCUCACCAAGUGGGAUGGCAAGAGCUUCCUUCCCAUGCUGACAGCUCCCUGUGGCAAUGAGGUCAUCUCCAGUAUGGCUGUCAGCGACUCUGGAACGUUCAUUGGCCUUGGAACUGUGACAGGCUCAGUAGCUAUCUACAUCGCAUUCUCAUUACAGAAGCUGUACUAUGUGCAGGAGUCCCACGGCAUCGUGGUGACAGAUCUAGCCUUCCUGCCUGAAACAUUGAAAGGCAAAAACAUCAAAGGGAACAAUGAAGCAGCCAUGUUAAGUGUAGCUGUGGACAGCCGGUGUCAGCUACACGCUGUGCGCAACAGAAGAUCGUUCCCUAUCUGGCUGGUGCUGUUUUUCUGUGGCCUCAUGGUGGUGGGAGUAAUCCUCCUCUUGCAGUACCUCUUUCCAGGCUUCAUUUAAUACAUCAGAACCUCGGAGCGGCGAGAGCACCCACACAAAUCUUAAGACGACUUCCCUCGCCACGAUCAACAUCAGCAACCCCUCCAAUCCGGCCAUGGACUCCACAUCCCAUCUUCCGCAGGACUGGACCGCAACUCCCAGCCGACCCUGUGAAGCAUCUCCAUGCCUCGGCGCCAACUCGAAAUCGCUUUUACGCCCCCAGCUCUUACUCAGGACUGUUCCUCUCACUGGAAAACACCACGACAGACUCUGAGAUUUUAUUUGCUUUGAUCUCUUAUCAAUCACUCUUAAUCUUUUUCUUUUAUGUUGUUUUUUUCCCUCUGUUUUUGGUAUCAUAUUGCGAAGCUGAAGGGCUCAGGUUCAGACAAUGUCAUCAUGAAUGUGCAAAGGGUGGGAUCUUUUUAUUGAUAUAUUUAAGGAAUACUGUAAAAAAAAAUAUAUAAAUAAGCUUUCAAAUGAU